AUGCACAAAAACAACCAAACCACAAGCAAAGUCAAUGAAUUCAUCUUGCUGGGCUUCUCGGUAGACUGGCAGGUGGAUAUCGUUUUCUUUGUGGUGCUCCUUUUGGUCUACAUGUUGACCAUCACUGGCAACGUGGUCAUCAUUACUGCAACAUGGGUUGACCGCCGACUCCACAGCCCCAUGUAUUUCUUUCUCUGUAACCUGUCCUUCCUGGAUGCCAUGGUGGCCACAGCCAUCGCUCCCAAGAUGAUGAAGGACUUUUUAUCAAAGAAGAAGGCCAUAUCCGUAUCCGGCUGUAUCGCUCAGUGUUAUUUCUACUUCUUUCUUGGCACCACUGAAUUCAUCCUCUUGGCUGUCAUGUCCUUGGACAGGUAUGUUGCUAUCUGCAACCCACUCCGAUAUUCCAUCAUAAUGAAUAUACGCUUGACAAUCCAGCUAAUGCUUCUCUCCUGGUUUGGGGGCUUCUUUUCAGUCCUUUCUCCAAUCAUCAUUAUUUCUAAGCUACCUUUUUGUGGUCCUAACAUAAUUGACCACUUCUUCUGUGACAUUGAGCCAUUGAUAAGACUUUCCUGUGCUGACACUGCCCUCCUGGAGAUGAUUGAGUUCUCCCUUUCGACCAUUGUGCUCUUGAGCUCUCUGAUGCUGACAGUGGUGUCCUACCUGUAUAUCAUCACCACCAUCCUCCGCAUCCAAUCUACAACAGGUAGGAAAAAGGCGUUCUCCACUUGUGCUUCCCAUAUCACGGUGGCCUCCGUCUUCUAUGGAAGUGCUAUCUUUAUGUACAUCGUGCCCAACAAAGGCUUUUCCUUUGGCCUCAAGAAAGCUGUGACCCUCCAGACCUGUAUUGUCACCCACUUGCUCAAUCCAUUCAUCUAUACCCUGAGGAAUCAGCAGGUCAAGGAGGUGCUGAAAGACACCGUGUCCAGACUCCCAUGCACCACAAAGAAGCUGAAGACAAGCUUACCAAGGAAGGAAGGGUAA